UUUCUAAAAAUAAAGCCCUAAACCCUAACCAAAACCUUUCAUCUUCCAUAGCCUUGUCAAUGGAGCAUAAUCAGCAGCAUAACAAACGGAAUCAGCCGGAGGACAUGACAACGACGACGGCGACGGCGACCCAGAAGAGAAAACGAAAAGAAGUUGCUGUCUUUGGCAACUACAGAAACUACUAUGGCUAUAGAAUAGGUCAGAAUUUGGAGGAAGAUCCAAGAUUAAAAGCUAUGAAGAAGGAGUGGUUUGAAGGCAAGGAUUGUCUUGACAUUGGCUGUAACAGUGGAGUGAUCACAAUCGCUAUCGCACAAAAGUUUAACUGUCGAAGCAUCCUUGGAGUCGAUAUUGAUGAUGCAAGAAUCCAGGAUGCCUAUUGGACUCUCAGGAAAGCAGUGAGGAGUACUGGAGCUGUGCCAGCAGGGGUUGCCAAGUCGACUGAGUCAAAGAAUGUUACUGGUAUUGAAAACCAUGAAGCCGAGUCACCUAAGAAGCCUGCAGGCAUUGAUUGUACAGAAUCUCAUCAUGUGCAAGAGGCAAAUUUGUCUGACAUAGUCUCUUUCAGGAAGGGAAAUUUUGUUCAGAAUUGGCAUCCAGGGGAAAAUACAUCUUAUGAUACGAUUAUUUGUUUAAGCGUGUCAAAAUGGGUGCAAUUAAACUGGGGUGAUGAGGGACUUAUAACUUUAUUUUCAAAAGUCUGGAGGCUUCUUUCACCGGGUGGUGUCUUUAUUUUGGAGCCUCAGCCUUGGAGUUCAUACUACAGUAAUCGUCUUGUAUCUGAGACAACAAGAAUUAAUUAUCAAGAAAUUAAGAUUCGUCCAGAAGAUUUUCAAGAUAUACUUUUGGACAAGAUUGGAUUUAGAAUGGUAGAGGACAUAACAUCCAGUGCGUCUGGUCGCAAACCUGGGUUUAAUAGACCAAUUUUUGCAUUCUGGAAGUGAUGCAUUAAGGUUAUGAAAUUGCUUUAUAUAUUUUAUAUCAACAACAUAUGCAAUGUGAUUCCACAAGUAGGGUUUGAGGAGGAUAUGAUGUAUACAAAUCUUACUUUCUACCUUUGUGGGGUGUAGAGGUUGUUUCCGCAAGACCAGCAGCUCAAAAGGGAUGUUAUCGAAGCAAGAUAUCGAGCUAUUGAAUAUAUUCCAAAUCUUUCUUCGUGUACUGGGGGUGAUAAUUUAUUUCACCUCAUUUGUAAUUGGAUGUAUAUGUAUAUUUUGUCUAACUGAUAAUUAGCCAUGCCAUGGUUUAGUCAAAAUUUUGAAACAACAGGUCAUCAAAUACAGGUAGGUAUAGAAACUUAUGAAUGUUCUA